CUCGCGCACUUGUGCCGGGGCCACGAACGUCCGCACGCCCGCGGUUCGGGCGGCGCGCGUUCCCUCGGCACUCUCCCGCGCGACCUACGCCAUCCCCUUCACCCCGCGCCGCGUCGCGCGGCGCCGCGGUCUCGACGCGCGCCGCGUUUCGUUUCGUCCCGUGAAUUCAUUCACUCCUCGACAAGGCACCCAUUCGCCGUCACCGCAGCAGCGCGAACGGACGGGGACGCACGAAGCGCCCGAAAGCGGACGAGCCGCGGGGACGCUCUCGAGCGCGGCGCGAGGACGACGAGGACGACGAGGACGAGCGCCUCGCGGGAGAUAACAACUCCAUGGCGCUCGUCCCGUCGUCGGCCCCCGCGUCGCCGCUCUUCGGCGUCGCCUUCGUGCGAAAGUCGUUCGUUAUCCCGUCCGACGCGUUCGCGCGCGCGGACGCGACGCACUGGACGCUCGACCUGCGGAGGUACGUGCCCCCCGGGGUGCCGUACGGCGACGUCCGCGACGUGUGCCUGUUCAUCCCGGACGGGAACGUCCUCGACGCGCACAGCGCGCUCGCGCUGUACGUCCAGGCGGGGACGAGCGCGUGGGAGUACCGAGGCUGCGUCAGCAACGUCUCGCCGUCCGAGGUGUUUCCGCUGCAGUGGCCGCAGCUCGCGGACGGGUCGCUGCCGGAGUGCGCGCAGAUCGGAGUCUCGAUCGAGCCGUUGGCCGAGGUCGCGGGGAAGGAGCAGAUCGUGUUGGGGUCGAAGGAGGAGUUCGCGCGGCGGGUCGCGAUGGAUUUGUUCCGGUACAUGGAGUCGUUUCAAGCCGCGACGCAGGUGAGCCAGGAGCACAUGGUGGUUCCGAUGAACGUGCUCGAUCGGUGGUUCAACAAGUUCCAGACGAAAUUUCGGUUAGACCCGAACUUCCUGACGCGGCAGAAGGAGCAGAGUUGAGCGUCGCGUCGUUCGUUCUUCGUACACGCACUAGCUAGCAGUAGCAAACACGCAGGCGCGAGGCGUCCACGAUACAGGUACAACAAUUCUUGAGAA